UACUAAUUUGUUCUCAUAGUUGCAGCGGAUGUCUCGCCUCCUCGUGAAUAAACAAAAGCUUUGAGAGAGUAUCCCAGCAUCGCCCGGCUGUCUCCCGGGGAAACAUCCCGGGUAAACAAGAGCCAAUCUCUCCUCGCACCCGGGCGACAGCAGCAGCAGCUCGCGUGUUGUGAUUGCUGAAACUGGCGCGCGCGACACGUCCAUCCACUUCAGAGCAAGACAGGGAGGUUUGCUAAAAAUAAAAUACCUUACAUUGAGGCAGCAGUUUAAGCCAAGUGGUUAAAUAGAUAAAAAUGGACUUUACAGUGGCUUAAAUAUAUUUGUGUUUGACUGACGAGCUCAAGGACUAAGUGAUGGAUAGAAAAGUAAACUCACGGCGCGCUACUUCAGCUGGGUACCGUUUACCGGAUCGACCGAAUGGUCCUCUCGCUUCUCAGUCCUCGGUCUUAGUCUUCAAGCAUUCAGCAGUCAGGACACGAAACACCGGUGAGAAACCGGCGCAGGACGAUGAUACCCGAGAUCCGGUAAAGCAGGACCAGGUUUGGAGAGAGUUUGUGCUCGCAGAGCGAACCGGUGUGAAAGAAUGGGAGAAGAACUGGAGUUUCCUGAUGAACUUUGACCAACUUGGUCAUCCACGUACAGAAGCUCCUCUUCCCAGCUCUCUGUCUUUAUACUCAGACAGAGUCCCAAACACCACUAACCAAAUGUUCGGCAGUGGCCUGUAUACUGAGCUAGGCAAAGAGCUGAUUCGCCUGGACAAUCUGCUAACCCUGACAGCGAACCACCGCAAGGCCAAAAGGAAUCCAGAGAUGCACCCCUGCUGAGGUUCACCAGGCACAGGAUAUGCUCAAAACACCCUCUAGUGUAGUAGCUGAGAUUAGUCUCUAUACUUUCCCUUGGGUUUUUCUGUUUGUCUUACCUUUACCUAUAUACUUAGACAAACUUAAAGGGAUAGCUCACCCAAAUAUUAAAAUUAUGUCAUUAAUGACUCACCCUCAUGUCGUUCCAAACCAGUAUGACCUCCGUUU